UAUUAAUUUUUGUAUUAGGUUUUCCAUUUAUUCAGAAAUGUUGUCAGAAAGUGUCAGAAAUCAGUGCCAGUGGGGUACUGGGAAGAAAUGGCUUUGCCACUGAAUUUCCUCAGCAGCAGGUGGGUCUAAUUUACACCCUGCAGACAGACAGAAAGGUGGAAUUGUGGUAGCCUAGCAUAAGGAAAAACAGGGAAGUCUGCCCUUUUAUUUCCUGGUGGAAGGUUUUGGUCAAAGACCAUAGUCUUUUCCUCUAAGCAUUUUUUCUGCUAGAGGAGACCAGUGGAGCUGAGAUCAUUCAAUAUUCAGUUCAUUAGUUGAAAACCGACAUGACUGCUUUCUAAGCAUGCACUACAGGAUGGAAGGAGUACAGACAACAGGCAAAAGCUGGCCAGGGGUUCAGGAAGAGCUUUCUAGGAAGAGCCUGUGAGGAUUUAGGGGGAAAAUUUCGUAAAGGUAUGCUUGAGAUGACACACUGUCAUUUAGAAUGGGGGCGGGAAGUCCCUCCCAGUGGUGUAUUCUGGACUCAACCCCUUACUCUACCCUAAGGAGUCUGGCAGCAAUUUCCUUUGCUUUAUCAGAAGGACAGUUUGAGGUUUGAGGGCAUAGCCCACACUCUUAUCUUACUUCAUAUCUUGAGUCACUUAGACUUACUGUAAGAAAAACUGUAAGAUGCUCAACCCUGCCACAGGAGGACUGGAAUGUGAGUCCAAAUUCCUGUUUUGGCCUCUUUCUUUUCUUUUGAUGCCCUCCUUCCACAGUGAGGAGAGGAAGGAAGGGUGUGUUGACUGUAGGCUACCAGACUAAGCUUCAGGUGCCAGUUUUACAAGUGCAGACUGGUCUGUCCAGAGAGUCUCCAUGAACUUCUGCCUCUCCUUCAGUAACCAAAAUAUUUAUGCAAAUCUAGGUUAGCUGCCUGCUGGCUGUGUGUGUUUGCAGUAUUAACAUUCCCAGAGUCAAAACUAAUAGUAAGAGCAGUAACUGGUCAGGAAGUAAUACCUAGAUGUUUGUGCAGCCUAUCCUGAAAACUACAUGUGUGUAUUUAGAGACAUUUCUGUUUGCCCAGAGUAGGCUGAUUAUAGUGCAUAGUGUUGUAAUCACAUGCAGAUUAUUUAAAGUUGUUUUUUAAUGUGCAGAGGCAAUGUAGUGUGAAACCAUUAAGUCUGACCUCCAAACCAAGUCAUUUCUUGAGUUACCUGGCUACUUUGUAUUAAUGUAUUCAAAAUGCCAAUUUUUAAUUUUUUUUAAGAAGAAAGGAUAAGAAAGCAUUACAGAUUUGCAAGAAAAACAAUUUAGUGAUGCUUGUACCAAAUACAUUUACCAGGAUUUCCUUGUACUCCCUCUUUUAGAAAAUAAUUUUAAUACCUCUCAAAUCUCAUAUUUAAGCAGCAGGGUGUUUUGGCAGAAGCCAACUGCCAUGCACUAAUAAACUCUUCUAAUUUGCUAAAUUAUUUUAACAGAAUGACAGUACAUUUAGCUUUUUAAUGACAGUGCAUUUAACUUCUGAACAACUUUGAUCAAGUCCACUUUUAGACAGACUCCCUGCUGUGCUAAAUUCUUUAUUCCCAAACCCCACUCAGUUAUUCAGAAAAACUGUUAAUCAGAAACAUUAAAUUAUUUUUUCUCCUAGGAGCACAAAGUCUACUGGAGAGUACUUGGCCAAUUCAUCGCUGUUCUUUUACCUGCCCUCAAUGCUAAGUCUCGAUGAGUCUUCAUGUUUGACAGUACUUCAUGUAAAGAUGACUGGAGAGCUUUGUUUUUUUAAUUGGUAGAUCCGUAUUUUGCAAUGUGUUCCGUUUCUAAAGAACACCUAUGUUUUUUGCCAAUUAUAUAAGCUGUCACAGUUACAAAACCUGAGCUAAAACUUGGUUCAUUUUUUCAGUUCCUGGUUGGAUUCUGUACAUGCCUUGUAUAAAGUCAAAACAUGAGACAAAUUAUUCCUGCUUCCUUUUGUGCUGUGAAGCCACACCAUUUGUGGAGCCUGAUAGAAAGAACUAAUUUAAAGUAUUCCUUUUCUCUUGUGGAUCAGAGUACAACUGAGAAAAUGAAGACUCCCACAGAGCUUUUCUUUUGAAAGGGAAUAUGCAUUUCAAAUCAUUCUGGCUACCCAAUCUCCCCUAGGAAUUUCACAUUUAAAGCCCAAGGUGUGCAAUGGAUAUUUUGCUUCUUUGCAACACAUUUUAUUUAUACACAUUUUUACUUCUAUGCAUCUGUGUCCAAACUGUAUGCACUUAUGUAUAAGCUAUACAACCUCAGGUUUUGCUUAGGAAUCAGUUACCAUCCAUCUCAGGCUAGGAAAUACUGAGAACCCAGCUUUUAAGGUCUUUGUGAAGCUAUAAUAACAAUAACUAAGGAAAAGAUCAUUUUAAGUUAUAAUUCUGCUAAUAUCUCUUCAAGGUCUUCUGUAUUCAGAUACAUCUUUUAAUUACUUCUUAACACUCCUACAGCAUAUAGUUCCAUCAGAAAUCUCUGUUGGUCAUAAGCAGAGUUCUUCAAAUUACCGUAAUGCCUAUUUGAUGUAGUAUAUGAUAUUUACCUUUUAUCAUGUCUCUUUUCUCUAGCAGGCACUUAGAUAUGCAUGACAAAUAUUAUAGGGAAAGAAUUAUGUUUAACUAACUCUGUUCUCACCAAGGAAUACAUAAAACUGAAUCAAGACGCUUACAGAUUCUUCACACAGAUUUAGCAAGAAUCCCCAUUUGUCUUUGCAAAACCCUGUAAUGUACAUUUAUUUAAGUCUUUAAAUUUUGUAAAACAUUUCAAACUUCACGGUGGGUUAUAUGAUAUGUAUUGUAUGUGAUUAUCUAUAUCAGGAGAAGAUACUUACUUAUUUAGCAACAAUUUUAGUACUGUUUGAAGAUAGGAAUGAUUAGCAUCUUACUAAGACAGACUGUCCUCUUUCAUUCUUUCUAAAUUUUAUAGGGAAAUAGGUUUACAACUGAAGAAAGGGUGGUGACAUGACAAACAUGAGGAGAGGCUAUUUAGCCUAAUUUUUUUGUUGUUUGGCAUUGAACUCCCAGUAGCUAGAGCUCUGAGCCUCCCACUGUGUAUGCACUGUGGUUAAAACCACACCUUGCAAAAGCACAAUACGCAUGUGGAAAUCCAAUUAGAAAGCCACAUGGAAUCAACAGUUGGCUUCAAAGAGCCUUUCUGUCUAUUCCAGUAAAAUUUCAGCUUUUGUGGCACAACCCAAUCGUUGAGUGAAAUUACAGGAUAAACCUGAAGCUUUUGUAAUAAGUCAGCUUUACAGUAUCCUCCAAAAAAGUGCCACCAGUUUCUUGCAUUUAUUUGGAUUUACAUUCUCUAAAAUAAUUAAAUGUACUGCCCUUAAAGCAAAAAAAAUUGAGUCAUCAAAAAGACAGCUGUGCAGUGAUAAACAUGACCUAAGCAGGAAUAAUUUCAUUUUUAUGAGUUGGGAAAUCUGAAAGGUAGGUAAGGCCAACCAGCUCCCACAUGGUGAAAGCCACCUCUGUACAAUAUUAUAAUUGCACUGGUGAAAGACAGAAGUUUUAUAAAUCCUCUAGGAGUGUUCAGAUCUGGACUGAGUCUUGCCUUAGAUCUUGAGCAGAAUCACUGUAAAGGAACAUGCUGAGCUUUAACCUCUUACCGUGCCUCCUGCCAGCUCCUGGUAGCUGCACCAGCACGUGCCCUUGUGUCUGCAGAUGGUCUCUCUGCCUUCUCUGGACUUGCUCCCUCAGGUAUACUAACCUAUUCCUUGGAAAGCCCCAGAGCCCCCUCCCGGGGGCAGGGAAGACCAUAUGGUGAGACAUACGGUCCCCGUGAGGCCUCCUUAUGUCCUGGUUGUGCAAGUUGCUGGAGCGCGAGACUGAAGGCCAAGUGUCAGAGACAUCUCUGUGUCACAGCAACACCAUCCUGUCAAGUGUUGCUCUGCGUAUGAGAGGAACUGUGGAAAACAAACCAAAAUCCAAACUACCUCCUGUCAUCACCCUUAAGAAAGAGAAACCAUUAAAAAAUUUCAUGUUCCGUGAACAUAAAAUAUCAGAGGUCUUCAGUUUUAAAGCUUCACGAAGGAGCUUUCAUGAGUGAAAAGAGAGGGAUUCAGUUUCCCUGAAAGUCUGUGGGAGAAGAGACCCCUUGACUGUAGGAAACUCCAGCCCUGAUACCUCCCACUGAAUUUGUGUGAAGAUAGCUUAAUUUAGAAAACUAAAAAGCACAGCUAUGCAAGAGCAUAAACCCUAUCGAAAGAAGUGGGACUUGCAAAAGUUACCAGAGAUACAGCACACAGCACACACAGGGCUCCUCUUAUUCCUGCCAUUCACACUUCAGCAUUCAUAGAUUUAUUUUAAACUUAUAUUUGAAUUAAUCCUGUAGAACCAUCCUCAGUGACCUUGUUCUUAGUGGGUUUUCUUUUGUGUUUCCCCCAGCUGGCACCACGGGGCUGCCCUGUGUGGGACUGGCUGGUUCUCUGUUACCUGUCCCACACAUGGGGAGGAGCAACAGGCAAAAUUAGCACCCAGCAGUAAAGGAAAUUUUCUUGUUCUGUAUUUAUUUAACUAAUUGUGCGUGCCAGAUCGUAAUUUGACCCCUAAAUGGAGUGAUUGGAUUGAAUUGGUUUGUUUAUUUCAAGUAAGCUGCUAGAAGUCAUAGGGAGCCAUACGUAUCAACUCAGUGUGUUAAAUCUUAGGCAUUUUACAGAUACAGAUUCUGGAUGAGUUAACUUCAAUAGAGGUUAAAAUAAUGAAUGGAUUUUUUUAUGAUCUGAAGCUGUAGUCCACCUCCUCAUCUCUAUGGAACUGUUAUGUUAUUCCAUUUAAAAUAAACAGAUUUUCCUUCUCAAUAUGUCCCUAAAGAAAAGUUGUUCUGGAAGUGCUGAGUUUAUUCAAGGUUGCCAGCAUUUCAGCCUGACAGUUUCAGUGGGGCAUAUAAAUCUCUAACAGCAAAGGACUAAAUGGAAAUCUUGGGUUAGUUUAGUUCUUGGAUCGGCACAAUUUCCUUUUUGUAAGUUUUCUGUCAAUGAAAUUUUAAAACACUUUAAAAAUACCUGCUGGUUUGGUUAUGCUACUCUUCCUCCGUUUAAAUCAAAUGCACAGGAAGCUGGUUUGCUAUCUCUGAAAAUGCACUACACUUUGGAAAGAAUCCCAUGCAGAAAGAAUAACUCAUAAAAUUUAUGUUCUCUAAACUCUGGACAUUAUUUGCAAGGUUAUUUUAUUGUUAGCGUAAUUCUAAACAGUUUGGCUACAGUGGUGCUUUAUUGCCUAAGGUACAAGUGAAAAUUUUAAGCAUGUGCCUAUUUUUAUUUUUUGCUUCACAUUCCGUGUGCUAAUACACUGCUUUUAAGCUUUAGUGUAAGAAUGUUCUUUCAAUGUUUGCAGUAUAAAGUUGACUUUAAAAAAAAUCUACGAAUGUAAUAAAUCAAUCAUAAACAAAGGAGGUGUUAGUUCUUAACAUUUCCUGUGCUGAGGGAGAUGGUAGGUAACACUUCAUGUGUCAUAAAUCAUACAUCUCUGCAGCUGUUUUUUUUUUCUUCCAUAGGUGAAGGUGUCAAACCAUUUACUCCUGAGAAAGCCCAGGAAAUUGUGAUGUCUCUACAGCAACCUGCAGUCUUCUGUAACAUGGUUGGUGACUGGCCAGCCCUGCACUGGAAUGUGAAAUACCUUUCUGCAAUGUUGGAUGGAAAGACAAUCCAGUUUAGGCUAGGACUGAAGACGGUGGAUUUAGUUCCCCAGUUUGAAACCAGGUGUAGCUACGUGGAGGCUACACUUGAAGAGUUUUUGGCUUGGAGUUGUGGGCAGCCUUCUUGUCUCUCUGGACCAUUCAGUUGUUACGAUUCCUCAAAAUACUGGGCCUACGCUGACUACAAAUACAUUGCCAGGAUAUUUGAAGACAAGCCAGAAAUCUUCCAGGAUAUAAGGUGGUCUGACUUUGGUUUUCCUGGAAGAAGUGGAAAAGAGAGCACGCUUUGGAUUGGUUCUGAAGGAGCAAACACCCCCUGCCAUUUGGACUCCUAUGGCUGCAACUUAGUGUUGCAAGUAGAAGGAAGGAAGAGAUGGCACCUCUUCCCACCUGGUGACACCAGUUUCCUUUAUCCUACCAGGAUCCCUUAUGAGGAAUCCAGCGUAUUCAGCAAAGUCAACGUUGCCAACCCUGAUCUGAAACACUUUCCCAAGUUUAGGAACUCAACAGCCCAUGUCGUUACACUCAGUCCAGGACAGGUCCUGCUCGUUCCAAGGCACUGGUGGCACUAUGUGGAAUCCAUUGAUCCUAUCACUGUCAGCAUAAACUCUUGGAUUGAACUGGAUGCAGAUCAUGAAGCCCGUGUAGAAGAGGCAAUAACUCGAAUGCUGGUAUGUGCCAUAAAAUCAGCAGAAAAUCCCAGUGAUGGAGAUCUCUGGCUAAAUCCCACGGAGGUUGAGGCAACAUCCCACGAAAUGAAUCUUCAGUACCUGAAUCAAGCAGUGUCUGCAUAUAUCAAGUGUCAGAAGACAAGUGUGUCAGAGCAGGCACAUUCCAGCAGCACUGGUGCAGAGCAAAGGACAGGUGCCUCAUGCAAGAGGAAGAGGAGGGAAGUUGGCUGUGAGCCAGAUGGCUGCAGAUUACUAACCCAUGGAUUUGACUUUUCAACAUCUAAAGCAGAAGAGCUCCAGAAAAUACCUUUUGGGCCUCAUCUGAUUCAAGUUUUACCACAGUCUCAAGAAAUGGGCUCGAUGGGUGCAGUUGCAGUUGAAAGUGAUGGUAGAGAUCUUCCCUGUGAAAAUGAAGGAGAACAUAUUGGAAAAUUACACCGCAGGAGGAAGGAGUUGGUAAUGAGUAAUGACUGUGAAAUGCCUGCACAUCAAAUGGAUUCAGACAGCAGUCCUUGCACCUCACAAACAGCCCUUUCUACCAAUGAUUUGCUGGACUGUUUGGUUAAUCCGCAUGUCAUCAAUUUAGUGGCUCGGCUGCUGUUGGAGAGAACAGGGGUUUAACACUGGAGGUUUUUUUCAUUUUAUCAUUUCUGAAACAAAGAAGUCAAACAGCAGCCUUGUUCUGGUGUUAAAGCUCUGUAAUAAUUGAAUGUUUCGUUUCAAAUAAUUCUUAGGUACAGACAGACGCAGUUAAUGGCUAAGUGGCAGGCUGAAGUUAUGCUGAAAGAAGAAUAACUGGUUAGUGAUGGCUGGGAAGAGAAAGGUGUGUUUAGUCAGAGAACUGCUCAGUGUUAUGAGCAAAACAGAGUGUACACAGUUACACUCCCACCAUGCUGUGCUGAGGGGAUCUUUACAGCGUUCUGCAGCUCUGAGCUGUGAAAAACGUGGUUUGAAGACAGACAAUAGGAGGGAGUGCUGGGACAUUGCUACAUAGCAGAGGGGGACCAAGAGUGGGAGCAGAUAGACUGACUGACUGUAGACUGCAGUCCUUGACCACAUUUAAAGUAAAAUGGUCAGUAAGUGAUCAGUUGAUCACAUCAGAAAUAAUAAAUUCAAAUAAACCUAAACCUCAGCCAAGAGGCAAUGCACUCACUAAUGCAUCUACUUCCUCCCUUCCACAAAAUAACCUCAGUUUUGUCACAAACCUCUAGGUUGGAGUGAGACAGAAGCUCUUAACAAGAAAGAGGCCUUCAGCUAGUUCAGAAACUCUUGAGGCUGGGAGACAAAAGGCCAUUGGAAGUUACUGUUGUUAUUUAUUUAAAGCCAGAUGUACACUGUUCCCCGUCUCUAAGGAACAAAGUAAAGCAGCUAUGACUUUCUGUCUCUGUUCUACUCUUUACCAUAACAAUAAAAAUGUAGUAAUUUUUUUUCA